AGCGUUACCGACCUAACUUUCAAAACGUCAUUGCAGGACUCUGAUUCAAGAGUCUUUAUUGUAGACUAAACUUGAACGUUCUUUGUGUAAGUGCAAUCGUAUUUGCACUUGCAACAGAGUGAGUGGAAAGAAAUUUAUUGAUGAAACAUUUGACACUGUCACUUUCGACAUGAAAGCAGUGAUACAACGUGUAUCGAAAGCUUCGGUUUUAGGUUAUUCUGAAUUACUGAAGUAACAGUUAUUGUUGGUGUAAUUAUAUUUAAUAUUCAACAAUGGCUACCACAGAAGAGAAAGUUGUGCAAAAGCAGAAUAACAGAUCAGAAGAACAAGAUAAGAAAAUUACAGAUUCUUCUACAGAAAAUACAAGCAAAAUAAAUAAACCAUCAGCAGAAAUAUCUAGUAAAGAUGAUUCACUUAGUAAUCAACAACAGUCACGCCAAAACCAGACGGAUCCUGUAGACACAGAAACAGUAGAGCAAUUAAAGAAUCAGCUGGGUAUAUUGAUGAACUCAUUAGCUACUCUAUCGGCGGAAAAAUCGAAAAUGGAAGCGUAUUUCCAAGUCGACAAGAAGCAACUUAGAAAUGAACGGGAUGAAUGUGAAAAAGUAAUUAAAGACCUAAAAGAAAGAUUGAAAAAGGCCCAAGGUGUUAAUCAUUCUGAUAUUGAACAUGUGAAGUGUAAAUUGAUCAUGGAACGACAUGAGAGAGAAAAAGAACAAGCCGAUAAUCUUAAAAUGAUAAAAGAACUACAAAAGCUCCUAUACGACGAGCGACGUAAUAAGGAACAGUUGGAGGCGCAACUGAAGACGCAUCUCGCAAAUAAGACGCAAUGCAAAAUUCUUGAGGCUGAACUCGAGAUCACCAAAACCAAGCUCAAGCAGGCCGAAGAAGCGGCGAAGGAAACGCCGCCGCUUCUUCUUUCAUUGCAGGCCGAAAUGGUCAUGAUGAAGAAGCAACACUUGAAUGCGAUUCGCGAAGAGCAAAAGAGAGCCGCUUCUGCGGAACAAGAAGCGAGAGGACUAGCAAUGAUACACGAAGCGAGGGUGGCCGGCUUAGAAGCUCGAUUGGCUGAGCUGUCUGAGAUUGUCGGGGGCUACGAUAGACUGAGACAACAGGACCAAUUAGCUAUUCAGAAAUUGAAAGACCGAUUAGCCGCUUUACAAAACACUGAACAUGGCGAAACUAUAGUGUCGAGUAAUCGACCGGACGAAAUUAUCUCCAAGAUAAAGACUCUAUAUACUCAGCUAUUGGAUCUGGACAACAAAAAGAAAGACUCAGCUUAUGUGAAAACGUUAUUAAAUAGUUUGGAUCUGCAAGAUGAACAUUCCGAUUACAAAGAGAAAUACGACGUGCUUCUGCAAGAAUUUGAGGACUACAAGCAUCAAACGAUAUACAAAUAUAACGUAUCGUCUAAUACGCUUCGCGGUAUUCAACAACAAAAUCAAGGAUUAUCUUUAACGCAUGAUAAGGAUCACGAUAAAACUCAAUUGCAUCUCCUCAAAGUCCAUAACAGCAAUUUAGAGGAAAGGAUACGUAUGAUUAGUAAGGAAAUAUUGAAUAAAGAGAGAGACUGGCAAAUGCAACUAGAUCAUCAACAAAAAUUAUUUCAAGAAGAACGCUCAAAGCUAGAGCAUACGUUACAUCAAAAAGACAAUGAAUUUCGCAACAAGAUAUCUUUACUGGAACAACAGUUGUUACGGCAAAGAGAAAGAUCCAUGGCUCUCGUGGAAGAAAAGGAUAAGGAGAUAUUGACACUGAAAACGUCAUUCCGUACGUUAUUACCUAAUAAAGAAGCUGUUGCUGCGACAGAAAAUAAAGCGUCUUUAAUUAGAUAUGAAAGCACUGUCGAACCAGUUACUGACUUAGUAACAGGAUUACUAACAAAUGAUAGCCCUCCGAUACUGCAUUAUACCCAGGAACUGGCCAGGAAAGAAGUGCAAGUAUCAUCAUUGAGGAAAAAGACCCUGGAAUUGGAAGGGACAUUGAGAGAACAGCAGAGAGAAAUGCUUCAUAUGAAGGAACAGCAACAGGAAGAAAAUAAAACAUUGAAAGCACAUAUCACUAGACUGGAAGCGUGUAAAUCGAGAGAGGGUGCUAAUUUGGAGUAUCUGAAGAAUGUAUUUAUAAAUUAUUUAACAACAAACGAUGUGUCCAGCAAACGGCACAUGCUAAAUGCCAUCUCAACGGUAUUGCGUUUCACUCCCGAUGAGUUAAGUAAGGUCAAACAUUAAGGGUAACGUGCAACAAUUAUAUUUUUACUGUUAAUAUAUUUCUUUUUAAGUAAAAGAAAUAAAUACAUGGAUGGAUUCAGGCGCGACAUAA